GGUUGUCCCACUAAGAUCAAACCUGAUGGGGACCAGUCACCGAGAGUCUGCCCCAGGUAUUCAAUCUCUUCAGUCUUUCAAGCCAAAUCUCGCACGUGGUUUGAGAUUUGCUGGAUACCGCUCAUCCCCAUGAACUCAAAUCGUAUUUGGUGCUGCGGUAUAUGUCAAUGGCGGGUGCCUUUGCAGCAAGGGUAA